AUGUCGAAGUGGGCCUCCGUACCAGGGGAGAACGACGAAUUCGGUGAGCGCAAUGAGGGGAGUGGCACACUAUUCUCCUGCAGUUAUGUCGUUCACAUUCCGCCUCCCGUCUCGGGGCCGAGCCUCCCUGCGAACGCCAUCGAUAUUGUCUCCAUUACACUCCCGCACGUUAGGCUCGCGCCAGACGUUACGCAAAAGGUGGUGACAUGGUACGAAGUGCUUGUCCGUUCUGCCACCCACCAGUGGAGUGUCUUGAAGCGCUUUUCAGAGUUUGUAGAGCUUUACAAGGCGAUGGAGAAGGCCAACCUUUUGCAACUGGCGAGACAGCAGUUGGAGAGGACCAUUGCGGCUCCACCGUCUCGAUUUUUUCCAUCCCAACGGCGUCAGCAGCGACUGGAGGAAUUUGUUCAAUCACUCCUGCAGACAAUGAAGGAUCUGUUAGUCUCUCUUCUUUGCAGCGGCAGCCCGGAAACGGAAGUGGUGGGGGACUUCUCACGACAGACAGCAUCGCUGGUGACAGGCUCCGCCUUUUCAAUUUUUAUUCGUUUUUUGACGACAACGUCAUACAAUGCUUUGCUAGUGAGCGCGUUAGCGGGACGGGAUUCUACGGCGCAUAUGACAAGUGGGGCGACCACUGAUUGCCUCAUGAUGGACGAGCGGACUCAUGUGCCACCGGCCAAAAUUGUACAUUUGCCGAAGCAACGCUUUACGAUAAUGUUACAACUUCCGGGUGUUAGCAUAUCAACAGUAUUUGUGGAAUGCUCGGAGGACUCGCGAGAGAUUGUCGUUAAGGGCGCAUGGAAUAACCACAUCAAUGGUCCCGAUUCUGUUCUUAGCGGAACAAUCGACACUUUGGGAAGCCUUUCUGUUACGUCGAGCGGUGGUUUGGCGGAGACGGUUCUUUUCACAGACCUCUGUGCGACGGCUGACACCACCGAAGUGUUGGUUGACACGUUUCCAGUGGGUGAUUUCCAGAUGGAAUUUGAGGUUCCACCGCCUUUUGCUGUUCGCGAGUGGGAAAGUCAGUAUGCGGGGGGUGUUUUAUUUCUUACCUGGCGAAACGACGCUUUCAAUGUUUCCAACCCGACGAAGAACACAUGA